AUGACGAAAAACUGUCGAUAUCUUGAUAUUCUUUUACAUGCACACAGAAAUAAAAUUGAACAUCCAAAAGAAAAAUUAAUCCUUUUGGUUCAUUGGACUUUUUUAAGUAGAAAUUUUAAUAUUGUGAAGAACAACGAAUAUAAUCAAAUUAUGGAUGAAAUAAAAAGUGAAAAUAAUUUAACAAAUGUUGGUAAUAAUCCACAUGCUUUGCUCAUACCCAAAUUUCAGAAAACUAUUGAUUUGAGAAAAAAUGAAACGAAUUCCAUCGAUAUUGAUUAUUUUGGAGACAAUUUCAUCAUACAUACAAAACAAUUUUUUGAUAAUGAAAAUUUUUACAUUAAAUUUAACACAGAUGAAUGUAAUCAGUUACAUUUUCAAAUUCCUGUAAAUAAUAUUAUUAAUGAAAAUGAUGGAUCUUUAAAAUGUGUUGAUGACUUCGUCAUUGAUGUUGCAAUUGAAAUUUAUGAACUUAUAAUACGACAAAAGAAGAUGGAUAAACUUAAAGAAGAAGAAUUAGAAAAACGACAAAAACAAACAUUAAUCAAUAAUGACAAAGAUAUAAAACAAAAUAAAUUUCUGAACGAUGAUGAAAAUAAAAAUGAGACAAGAAUUAAUAUUCCACUACCAUCAUCACUGGAUGGAAAUUGGAGAACGAUUGAUAUUGAAGUUUUAUAUGAUAACGAAAAAUGGGAUUUAAAUAAAUAUGAUUUAGAUACUAUUUAUAAAAUACUCGAAUCAUCACCAAAAGGUCUUACUGAUGAUCAAGUUAAGGAACGUAUUGAAAAAUUUGGUGAAAAUAAAAUUGAACAUAAACAACGACAUCCAGUCAUUCAAUUCCUUCUUUUUAUGUGGAAUCCACUUUCUUGGGUAAUGGAAAUUGCUGCUAUUGUUUCUAUUGCUUUAAGUAAUGGUGAUGGUGAACCACCUGAUUGGCCUGAUUUUGUUGGUAUACUUUUACUUCUUCUAAUUAAUGCUACAAUUGGUUAUAUUGAAAAAUAUCGAGCUGGUAAUGCUGUUAAAGCAUUAAUGGCUUCACUAGCACUUGAAUGUCGUGUCAAACGUAAUAAUAAUUCAUGGACAACAAUUGAUGCUAGUCAAAUUGUGCCUGGUGAUAUCAUUACUAUUAAAUUAGGUAAUAUUGUUCCAGCUGAUGCGAAAAUAAUAUCAUCGUUAGGUGGAGUCAUAUCAGUCGAUCAAGCAGCAUUAACUGGUGAAUCAUUACCAGUAACAAAAGAAAUAGGUGACAUUUUACUUUCAUCAACAACAUGUAAGCAAGGUGAAUGUGAAGCAAUAGUUAUAUCAACAGGAAAAUAUACACAAUUCGGUCGUGCUGCUCAAAUUGUUGGUGGAUCAAAAGAUGAAAUGGGUCAUUUACAACAAAUUUUAGCUAAAAUUGGUAAUUUUUGUAUUGUUGGUAUUUCUAUCUUUAUUAUUGCUGAAAUAUUUGUUAUGUAUGCCGGAUUUCGAUAUAGUUAUCGACGAGGUAUUAAUAAUAUAUUAGUUUUACUUAUUGGAGGAUUACCUAUUGCAAUGCCAACAGUAUUAUCAGUUACUCUUGCUAUUGGUGCAAAACAAUUAUCUGAUCGUAAAGCAAUUGUAACACGAAUAACAGCUAUUGAAGAACUUGCUGCUGUAACUAUUCUUUGUUCAGAUAAAACUGGUACAUUAACACUUAAUAAAUUACUUAUUGAUCAAGACACAAUUGUUAAAUAUACAGAUAUCGACAACAAUGAUAUUAUACGAUAUGCUGCUUAUGCAUGUAAUCGAGAAAAUCCUGAUGCAAUUGAUACAUGUGUAUUAGAAUCAUAUGGCAAGGCUGAUUUGAUAGAUGAUAUGAUUAUAGUUAAAUCAUUUAUUCCUUUUGAUCCAACAACAAAACGUACUGAAGUAACUUAUCAAGAUAAAUCGGAUUCAAAAAUUUAUCGAGUAUCAAAAGGUAUGCCUGAUUCUAUAUUACGUUUAUGUGAAACAACAGCACAAGUUGAUAAAGUACGACAAGAUGUUAAUGAAUUUGCUAAUCGAGGAUUACGUGGUUUAGCUGUUGCUUUAUCGAAUGAAAAUGAAAAUUUUAAAUUAAUUGGACUUUUACCAAUACUUGAUCCACCAAGAAGUGAUACAGCUGAAACAAUUAAAAAAGCACUUGAAUUAGGCGUACAAGUAAAGAUGAUUACUGGUGAUCAAUUAGAAAUUGCUAAAGAAACAGGACGUCGUUUAGGUAUGGGUGAUACAAUGUAUGUGUAUGAAAAUUUAAUUCAUGGCAGAGAUAAAUCAUCAAAUAAUGAAAAUGAAAUAAAUAAUAUUAUUCUUAAUGCAGAUGGAUUCGCUAGUGUAUAUCCUGAACAUAAAUUUGAAAUAGUUAAAAGACUUCAAGAUAUGGGUCAUCUUGUUGCUAUGACGGGUGAUGGAGUAAAUGAUGCUCCAGCAUUAUCUAAAGCAAAUGUUGGUGUUGCUGUUUCUAAUGCAAGUGAUGCAGCUCGUUCUGCUGCUGCUAUUGUCUUAACUGAACCAGGUCUCUCUGUUAUUAUUGAUGCUAUACUUGGAUCUCGACAGAUUUUUGUUCGUAUGUCAAGUUAUGCUAUUUACACAUGUUCAGUUACAAUACGUAUAAUUGUUUCAUUUGCAUUACUUAUAUUUAUAUUUCGUUAUGAUUUUCCACCAUUUAUGAUAUUAAUUAUGGCUAUAUUAAAUGAUGGUACAAUAAUGACAAUAUCAAAAGAUCGUGUUGAACCAUCACCACAACCAAAUGAAUGGCGUUUGCAACAAAUUUUUAUAUCAGCUAUUGUUUAUGGUCUUUAUUUAUCGGCAUCAACAGUUGUUUUUGUUUCAAUUAUUAUUCAAACAAAUUUUUUUCAAAAUCAUUUUGGUGUUGAUACUGGAACACAAAUAUCGGAUAAUGUUUAUGCACAUACAUAUCUUCAUUCAAUAAUUUAUUUACAAGUAUCAUCAAUCAGUCAAGGUUUAAUAUUUAUAACACGUUCACAUGGUUUCUGUUUUACUGAACGACCAACAUUAUUAUUAAUUAUUGCUUUUAUUAUAACACAAUUGUGUGCAACACUCAUUGCUGUUUAUGCCGAUUGGGAAUUUACAGAUAUACGUGGUUGUGGAUGGACUUGGGCUGCAAUUGUUUGGAUUUAUAAUCUUAUUUGGUUUGUUCCACUUGAUUAUAUUAAAUUUGGUCUUCAAGCUAUAUUUAGUCGCAGUGUACAUGUUAUAAAACCAUUCGAACAUAUACAUCGUCGUCUUAUUGCAUCUAAACAAGCUAAAGCAACGGUUAUACCCUUGGAAAUAAUUCAAAAAAUCAUUUAUGAUCGUCGAGAACUAUUAAAACAAUUAUCACAACGAGAAGAAUUACAUGAAGUACAACCAACAACAUUCGAUCAAUUUACACAAACUGGAUCUUCUUUUUAUUCACCUUAUACAGAUACAUUGUCAGUUUUGAGAAAACAAAAUCCACUUUUAAGAUCAAUAUCAUUAACUUAA